CGACAAGCGGCGCCGUAACGGGAAACAACGCGCGGCUGGGGACUUGGAAGAAACCUCACCUCACCUCUUGACGCUCCUGACCUGCGAGGAAAUCACACACUCCACCCUCAUCACCAGCACACAUCGCUUACGUUAAAGCUUGUGACGUUUCUUGUGUGCUCAUCCAACAACUACUUAAAUACAGUUGUAACGAUACUCUCAAGGUGGUAGUGAAUUUAAAUUUUCCGAUCAUAUCAAACCGAUAACCGGUAAAAUCAUAAUAUUAAUGUAUACAAGUCAAGUGAUUAGUCAAGCUUCGAUAGUUUUUACAUUUUUUUGCAAUAAUAAUACAUAGUAGUAAUCAUAAUUAUUAUUAUUGAUAUUAUUAUUAUUAUUGUAACUAUCAUUUUUCUAAUAUUAAUUGAAGAAAACACAGUGCAUAAAAUGUUAAAAGUAAUAAUACAUGAAAAUAAAUUAAUAAUGAAUAUUGAAACUUAAUAAAAACUUAAAGUGUGUGAAUAACUUGUUUCUACAAAUCAAUGGUCAUUUUGAUCAAUCAAAAAAAAUAAGUGUCGUGAUUUAUAUAACAAGACUUAAAGUAUUAGGUAUUUUUAAUAAAUAUCAGUCAAUGAGUGUAUGAUAAUUUCUAAUUAAAAAAAAAUUACUCGCAAUUUUUUACGUGAUAAUAAAAACUAACAUUUGAGAAAUAUAUUAAAGGUUGAAUAAAUAAUAGAGCAAUAGAUUAAAAGUAGUGGCUCAACGGCAUCAACACGCGUUCCGACGAGUGGAGCGGUCUCCUGCCCAGCUCCACAAUCGUGGGUGCUGGGGGGUCACCAUGGUUAGGCUUAAGUGCUGGUGGUGGCGCGGGCGCAACGACUGGAAGUGGAAGUCCUGUCGAGUUAGAAGGACACUGGGGAAGAAAAUUGUAUGGUGCAAGUGUUGCUCCACCACCUCCGCCACCGCAUCAUCAUCCCCGAGCAGCACCACUGGUAUUUGCACCGCAAGAUAUGAGGCAAAUUCUUAAAGAAGAACCAGUGCCACGUGCUUGGCCACAACCUGCUCUUGCCGAUAACGCAUCGGUUGGUGUCGGAAGAGCACACUUCGAAAAGCAACCACCGAGUAAUUUGAGAAAAAGUAAUUUUUUUCAUUUUGUUAUUGCUCUUUACGAUCGAGGUGGCCAGCCAAUCGAAAUCGAAAGGACCGCUUUCAUUGGAUUCGUUGAGAAAGAUCAGGAGUCUGAGGGACAAAAAACAAACAACGGAAUUCAGUAUAGACUUCAACUUCUCUACGCCAAUGGUCACAGACAAGAGCAAGAUAUCUACGUUAGACUUAUCGAUUCGUCGACGAAACAGGCUAUUAUGUACGAAGGUCAGGACAAAAAUCCAGAGAUGUGUAGAGUUUUGCUGACCCAUGAAGUUAUGUGUAGUCGGUGCUGUGACAAAAAAAGUUGUGGUAACAGAAACGAAACACCUAGUGAUCCUGUCAUCAUUGACCGGUUCUUUCUCAAAUUCUUCCUCAAGUGUAACCAAAAUUGUCUUAAAAAUGCGGGCAAUCCGAGAGAUAUGCGACGCUUCCAGGUUAUUAUUUCAACACAAGUUGGAGUAGAUGGUCCACUACUUGCUGUUUCGGAUAAUAUGUUUGUCCACAAUAACAGUAAACAUGGACGUAGAGCUAAACGUUUGGACCCCAGUGAUCAUGGAGAGUAUAAUAGUUUAUAUCCAGCAUUACCGUUGCAAACUCCUUGUAUAAAAGCAAUAUCUCCUAGUGAAGGUUGGACUUCAGGCGGAUCAACGGUAAUCAUUAUUGGAGAACAUUUCUUCGAUGGAUUACAAGUAGUUUUUGGAUCUAUGUUGGUUUGGAGUGAGCUAAUUACGGAUCAUGCUAUUAAAGUUCAAACGCCACCACGACAAACGCCUGGUGUAGUCGAAGUGACGUUGUCGUAUAAAAGCAAACAAUUUUGUAAGGGUUCACCAGGAAGAUUUAAUUAUGUUUCUCUGAAUGAACCAACGAUUGCUUACGGCUUUGAUAGACUACAAAAAUUAAUUCCACGCCAUCCGGGUGAUCCAGAAAAAUUACCAAAAGAAAUAAUUCUUAAAAGAGCCGCUGAUUUAGCAGAAGCUCUUUAUAGUAUGCCAAGAACAACAUCAGCAGGUAAUUCAGCAAUCACUGGUGGAGCACCAAGAAGUCCAGGCUCAAAUCAUGUACCUGUACCUACAUCCAGCUCUGCCAAUACAUCUUUUAAUUCUUAUACAGGUCAAUUGGCAGUUACUGUACAACAACAAGAGAAUGGUAGUAGCAGUACAGCGAAAUGGACUGAUGACGGAAACACUGUGAGCACGGGAGCUAGUGGUGGUGAAAGAGGAGGAGGUGGGGGAGCAAGUAGUAAUACCAGUAGUAGCAGCAGCAGUAGUAGCAGUAGCGGCAGCGUAGGUGGUAGUAUUGACACAUAUCGACAAAGUAGUAGUGCAAGUCCAAGAGGAGUAACAAGCAAUAGCAGUGGAGGUAGUGGAGCUGGUGGUGGUAGCAGCUAUUGUGGAAGUACUGCAAGUACACCCCAAAGUUAUACGACUGGUGGAAAUUAUUCAGCUGUUGUUAAUCCGUACACUAUCAGUCCAACCUUUUACACUUCUCCACACGAGCAAUACGGCAUUUUCUAUUCGCCUGGUGAUGUGGGAGGAGGGAGUGCAUUUGCCCCCGUUGUCCGACAACCAACAACCACCGCUUCAGUUGCAUCACCGCAUUGGUCCACACAACAUCAUCUUGCCACAGCUGCUCAGUAAAGUGUUGCGCGUGUGUUAAUGACUACAUACUAUAUGAACAUACCGUAUACCAACAAUGAAAGAACUACUUAAACGAAUGCCUUUGCUAAGUUUAUACGAAAAUGACAAAAAGUAAUAAUAUUUACUUCAAAAACGUAAAAACUUAGGCAAUGUGUUUUACAUAUCAAUAUGAAAUUAUAUAAGUUAUUAAUAUUUCAGAAAAAAUGAACGACAUUUUGAUGAACUAUAAUAAGUUAUGAAUUAACGAUGUACAUUGUAUGUAGUGAUGCUGGUAAUGGUAACGGUGAUUGUGACAUAAUGAAAAAUGAAAAUUUACGAUAAGAUUUAUCUCGCUGCUGCUAUUGUUGUUAGUCUGAUUGAAUAAGAAUUUUAAAAACUUAACUUGGUGCACUGCAAAAAAUUAUCAUUGAUCCAUUUAUAUUUGAUCUAAUUUUAUAUUUUCUAGUAGUUAUGUAUUUAUGGUCUGAUGGAAAUGUUGAAGUUUAGAAAAAAAUAAAAAAACCAACCCUAAAGCAAGACAGGUUAUUUUAAUAAUUUCAACAUGUAUUUUUAAAAUUAAUAAUUUUGCUCAGCAUGUAUAUUCAUGAUUAUAAUCCACAUACACGGAAAUAAAUUUAUGGUAACCGUUCCUAGUACGUGUAUGAAAUAUCGUCCCAUACCCUUAUGGUAAUGAUUACUUGGAAUUAUGGGAUAUAGGCCCAUACUUUCUGGAAAAAGUUCCCAUAAGUAUGGGAACAAUUCCCAUAAUUAUGGUAACAGUUUCCAUAUCACAUGUGAAAGAAUUGUGGUAAUGAUUACCAUAAUAUUAUAGUAACGGUUACCAUAUAUAUAGUAAUGGUUACCAUAAUGUUAUGGUAAUGGUUACCAUAAUAUUAUGGUGAGGAUUACUAUAAUAUUAUAGUAAUGAUAACUAUAAUAUAUAUGGGUGCCGUUCCUAUAAUCAAUAUUUCAAAAAAACCGGUUACCGUGCAUUAUGGGAACCAUUCCCAUAAUAUAUUGUAAUUGUUACCAUAAAUUUCUCUCCGUGUACUAAGAUAUAUAUAAUAUUUCAUGGAAAUUCAAAGACUCAAAACUAGCGACAAAAUGGUUAAGAGCCGCGUAGAUCUAUAAUGAUUGACCUCAAUCUACGUGGAUCUAUAUAAUUCUACAGUUUAACGUAGACCUGAAUUAUUGUUUCCGAAAAUCAAAAUUAAAAUGUAGAAAUCAAAAUUAUCAGGAUUUAAUUUAUAAAUGUUUGUACACGGAAAGAAUUUUAGUAUAAAUACUGCCAAGUUGUUUACUCUAAAAAUUACUCUAAAUCGAGUAAUCUUCGACCAUUACGACUUUCUACUUUUGACUCUUUCAGUGAGUAAAAAUCAAUCAGAUUAAUUUUUACUCACAAUUACGAGUAAAAAUUACCCCUAGCAACUAUCUAAAUAAAUUUUCUCUAAUUCAAUUUUUAUUCGUAGGUUAUGAUAAAAAAUUGAUGAUUCAUUUUAUAAAAUUUACAUUGAAUUAAAAUAAAAAUUACAAUUAAUAAGUUUGAAUUUCUAUAAAAAAUGUAAAACCAUCUAAUCGCAUUAGAAUAUGACUUAAAAUAAAUAUUUUGUAAAAGAAAACAAAAAUUACUCGUAUUGUGUUGAAAGAGAAAAGAUGAAAAAUUAUUUUUAAUUUUAAAAUAAAUAUUGUUAUAGAGAUAAACCCUAUCCUAAAAUUCCCUAGAAUCGCCUCAAAUGCGACAAAAACCGCAUAGAAACCAAUACACUCUAUAGGAUUCUAUACGGUUUUCGUCGCAUUUGAGUGGAUUCUAUGGGAAUUUUUGGAUAGGGAAGAGAUCGUCUUUUUUCCUAGCAUACGUUUGUGUGUGUAAAAUGUAUACCACUUUAACUGCUGUUAAAGAAUUACUCACUAGUAGAGUAAAACAUAGUCUGGUAAUAUUAAUAUUUCAACGAAAAAUAUUAAAAGUUGGAAUAAAAAAUACUAAUUUUUUGGAAUGGCCCAGGAUUACUCGAAAUUGCAGAGUAAUUUUCAUCAAAAAAUUCUAUCCGUGUAUGCACAUAUGAAUAUAGAUGUAUGUAUAUGUAUGUAUAUUACUUAUGUAUACUCAAACUGUCAAAUAAAAUCAAUUUUUUUUUCGGUCCAAAAUUACGUUGAAUAUAGCAUCUAAAAAAUUGCGUACCAAGUUAGGCCCUCCAACUCGAAUAUAAAACGCGUGCUCACUUAAACAAGAUUUCGCAGUUAAAUAAAAUAGGAAAAUUUUCUUUUAACAUUGAAACUUUAUAACUCAUUAACGGAUCAAUAAAUUAAAACGAUCAUAACAUAUUUUUGUAAAGGAUCCAACGCUCUACAAAAAAAGUCUCAUAUAAUUUUUUGAUAAAUCUAUCCUGUAAUUUUUAUACUGUAAUAUAAAAAAAUUAUUAAUUAACAUUUUUUGAUUGAAAAAAAAAAAAAAAAUGAUCUAGAAUAAAGUUCCUAUGACAUUUUGCGGUAAGACUAGUAGUUUUGCUGGAAAAGUAAAAAACACGAAAAUUUUAGCAUACUUUUGAAUUAAAGCUUAGAUGACUAUUGAACGGUUAGAUUUAUCAGAAGAUUUUAAGACUCUUUUCGUAGAGCAUGUAAUUUUCUACAGGAAUAUGUUAUGGUCAUUUCAAUUUAUUGAUUCGUUUACGAGUUAUGAAAUUUCAGAGUUAAAUAAAAUUUUGUCUAUGCCUUUUAAAUGGAAAAUCAUAUUUAAGCAAGCGCGCAUUUUGCAAUUGAGCUGGAGGGUUUAACUACCCUAGUGGCAUUAUUGAUCAAUGCUGGAGCAAAUCUUGAGCAAGUCAAGGAGAAUACAGCGAAAUAUUACUUCUAUAUAUACUGUGAUUUCAAGAUCUUGACUGAGAUACCUACGAGGGCAAUUGGUAACCAAUUAUUCGUAUGUUGCAUCCAACGUAAUUUUCGUAUGGGCCUGAAGAAAAAAAUAUUGAUUAUAAUAGAGUCUAUUUGUUAGUAACACUCGAAUUAAUUAAUACGUCUUCUAAAACUGACGCUUUUUUUAACCUUGCGGUCUGUUUUGUUUCAUUAUUUCUUGAAUGUGAAAAUAGAAUAACAAAAAUUUUACUCUUAAUUGAAUAAGAUGUUAUAAUAUGCAAUGUUAAUCGAGUUGAGUUUUAUAAAUGUAAUUUAAGUCCACGCAACUUAAGUUAUUAUUAUUCACUAAAAUAUGUAAGUGUGUCUUCAUAUUAAAUGCAAAACUUCCGUUAGGCAAAAAUUUUAUGAAAUUCAUGACCUAUUUUUAAAAAUUAUUUGAAGUUAAAUUAAUCUUUAAUUUAGGGUAUUUGCGUUAAUUCCAUUUUUUACUAAAAAAUUAUUUUUGCAGUCUAUUUAUUGAAAAGAAAAAAAAAAAAAAGAAACAAACAUAUCGCCUAUUAGUCAUAAAUACAGGACCUUAUAUAGUUCUUAGGUGGAAAAACCACAAAGACAAAAUUAAUUGUGAAUUUCACCAAAAAUAAUUAAAUCAAUUGAUCGAAUACCAAUAAUUAUUACCUUAAAUUAAAUUAUUGUAAAUUGUAAAUUAUCUGUAAAUAUUGUUAUAGUGUAAUUAAGGAUCUUAAAAGUAAAAAUACUCGAAAAUUAAUUCUGAAUAAAAAUAAAUUUAAAGAAAUAUCAUUCUUAGAUUAAAGUAUGUAAUUAUUUUUAUCAUUACUUCAAGUAAAAUUAGAAAAUUAGAUGAAAAUCUUUUGUUAAUAUACUUUUCUAGUUAGACCAACAGAUUUGUUAAUAAAAUAUAAUAUUGCGAAGAAAGUAAUAAAAUAAUAAC